AUGUCUAAUCAUAAUGAUUCCAUUCAUUGUACACGUUAUUAUACAUUCAUUAAACAAUUGAUUCACUUCAUUCAUUUAACUAAAUGGCCAUUUCUAUGUGAUUGUUUAAAUGAAUUAAUUGGUACAACUAUAUUUAUUAUAUUUGGUUUAGGUGUAAUGAUACAAACAAAUAUGAAUGUCAUUAAUAAUAAUAAUAAUAAUAAUGAUGAUAAUAAUAAUAAUAAUAAUGGACAAUAUAUAUCUAUCUCAAUGGGUUGGGGGAUAGCUAAAAUUAUUGGUUUAUUAAUAUCAACUGGUGGUGGUGGUGGUGGUGGUGGUUUUGGUGCUAAUGGUGCUAAUGAUGCUGAUGGUGGUUGUGCUAAUGGUGGUGAUGGGGAUGAUGGAAGCGGGGGUGGACAUAGUAACCGUUGUCAUGAUGAUCAUUCUGGUUUAUUAAAUCCAUCAAUUACAUUUGCAUAUUGUUUAAUUGGCAAAUUAUCAUUACGUUAUUUAAUUCCAUAUACUAUAAUACAAUUAUUAGGAUCUAUAUUAGGUACUUAUAUUAUUAUAACUAUAUAUUGGGAAAAUAUACAAAUCUAUACUAAAUUAAUAUCAAAUGGUAAAUUAGAAAUGAAUACAACAGGUUCAUUAUUAGUUAAUCUACCUGGUCCUAUAUCUCAUUCAUCAUGUUUAUUGGAUUCUAUUCUAUCUAAUACAAUUUAUAUAUGGAUUAUAUUAAUUAUAACAGAUAAGAAUAUAAGUAAUCAUAUAUCUAAUGAAUUACAAUUGAUUUAUAUUGGAUUAUUAAUAAUGGGAAUUAAUGAAUCAUUAUCAUUAAAUAUUGGUAUUGGUUUAAAUCCAGCUAGUGAUUUAGGUGCAAGAAUAACUAUAUCAUUAUGUGGUUGGGGAAUUCAAGCAUUCAAAGCGUAUAAUUAUUAUUUUUGGUUACCUAUUAUUGGACCAUAUAUAGGUGCUUUAAUUGGUACAUUAUUUUAUGGAUUUACUAUUUGUAUACAUUUUAUAUCAUUCAAUGAUUAUGAUCAUAAUUAUACAAAUAAUAAAGAAUGUACUAUGAUUGAUACUACUAGUAAUUAUUGUCAAAGUAGUUUAAUUGAAGAAAUGAAUGAAGAUUUAUUUAAUAUUACAGAAAUUGAUGAUUGUUUUACAGAUAGUAAAGAGACAUUAUAA